CCGUCCAAACAGCAACUCUCACAACAAAUCUCAUCCACUGUCCAACAACCCCAACAACAAGUUGAGAGUGUAUUUUUGCGACCUCAAAUGUCUCAGACAAACGCACAAACCGGAUUGACAAUGCCUCAGCCUCAAACUCUGAGUGUUCAGCAGUCAAUUUCGAACCAGCCCGAAUCUCAGCUUAUCUAUACCCAGCCCCAAUCGGCCGCCUCAAUUCUCGAACCGAGUCAACAAUAUCCACAAUCACAACUUGAAACGGUCUACGCAAGAUCUGGAGUCACACAAAAUAUUCCGCAGCCAGAAACUAUUAUAUCGCAACGCCAAGUUACUUCUGUCGGAUCACAGCCUCAAUCUGAGCUUUCCAUGCCUCAGCAAUCUCAGAUUAUCUCUGCUGAGCAACUUCAAUCGCAGCAUCCAUCAAUCUUAUCAUAUGCACCUGAGCGUCAACCUAUGGAGUAUUCAGGAUCAAUUCAACAACCACAACAACAACAGCAAAUGCAAAUCCAAGCACCUACAAUUCAAGAGUAUUCCAACUCGCAAUUUGUUCACGCUGGUGCAGGCUCAGUGCAACAAGCGGAAAUAAAAUGUCCUCCAGGAUCAUGUCCUCAAGCGCCAUGUCCUUGCGGAAACAAUCGAAUUUCAGAGCAGGAAUCCCAAUCACUUCAACGAAACCAGCAACUGAACCAGCAGCAGUAUCAAUAUCAACAACAAGCACCCACCCAACUAUCAGUCAGUAGCAUUUCUCCUCAACAAGGACAAUCUUCACCUCAGAUCGAAGUACUGCAAUCUAUCGGUUCACAGUCUACGUCAACGUCAUUCGCAUCACAACAAUGCCAACAAACUUGUCAAAUGAGUAAACUCUUCUGA